AUAACUGAUAAGGUUCCACAAUUCUUCACUUCUUCAUUCCUCCUUUAUGUACUACCUCUACAACUACAGCCCCUCAUCCCAUCAUCCUUCUAUCUUCAUACCCUAACCAACCACGCACACAUCAGAUGGCUGCAGAAAACUUUGAGGCCGUAUGCCUGUUUGGGGCCAUGGAUUGCCUCUGGUUUAACCAAACUAUUCUUUUCUCCAAACACUCCUUAUCUCUUGGCCCCAUCACACCCUUGCCCAUCUCAGAAUCACCAAGAAACUGCUCCCAAGAAUCACAACUCCCACACCAAGAAACCUCAUCUUUAGCUUCUGUAAUAACUACUACGCAUUCACAGGAUGAGGCCGGCUGCAGCUUCUUUCAAGAAAGUGAUCAUGAUAAGGAUUCUGAUCAUGAUUUGUCUUCACUACCAGUCUCAGCUCGAAAACAAUCCGUUUCCUCAGCAGGGAGAUUGCAGAAAAGCAUGAGCUGCAAGAGCUUGGCGGAGCUUGAACUUGAGGAAGUAAAGGGUUUCAUGGAUUUGGGAUUCACUUUCAAGAAAGAGAACAUGAGCCAACGCGUGAUGAACUUAGUCCCAGGAUUGCAGAGGAUCGAGUCAUGUAAUAAGACGUCUAAGGACAAAGAUGAUUCAUCAUGGGAUGGGUUCGGAUUCACCCAUGAUGAUCAUACUGAUAAUAAUGUUGAAGAGAAAAAUGAGACAAUGAUGAUGAUGAUGAGGCCGUAUUUGUCUGAAGCGUGGCUGAUGAAAACACCUGAUUCUCCAUUACUCAACUUGAGAAUUCCAAGAGUUUCUACUACUGAGGAUAUGAAGAAACAUUUGAAGGAUUGGGCUCGCACUGUUGCAUCAGCCAUUCACCAACAAUCUUGACGUCACCUCCAUUUUUCAUCAAUGUCUUCUCCAACACAUCUUGGAAGGCGACAGUGAUGUUUGUGAUUAGGAUGCCUUCAAACCUGAUUGCUUUUCCUACUCCAAGUUCUCCUGCUUCUUUUAUUUCAGAUAAUAUACACAAAAAUUGUUUCA